UAUAUCACAUUUUUUAUUUAUGAGGCCGCUAUUCAAAUUUAUCAAAAGCGCUGCUUCUUCAAAUCACACGCAAAUAGUCGAAAAACCAAAACGACGCCGUGCCUAUCGUCUUCUUCCUCCACCGCAUUAGGGUUUUCGCCCCCAUCGAACUUCCCUUCAUUUCUUUCAAAAUUCCCAAACUCAAAACCCUCCAUUCACUGAAACUCCACCGUCGAAAAAUGAUCAACCUAUUCAUAUCAGAACCCACUCGAAACAACGACGCAAACGCAGAAGAAGAUUCAACCAAACUUCGAAUCAACCUAUUGAAGGAAUUGGAAACCGUUCUCUGGUCCGCUAUAAUCUCUUCAGGUCGCGCAGAAGCUCGAAUGUGGCUACGCAAAACCAUCGCGGGAAUCAACUGCGUCAAACCUCGCGAUCAGCGUGAAAUUUUCAUCAAUUUUAUGAGAAUUCCAAAGAAGAAGCACGAUCUCACUUCUCAGCUUUUGAAUUUGAUGUUUGAUAACUCGCCGCAAAAGCUUGGUUCAGUUUUAGCACGAAAAACUCGCGUGCUUGACAAUUUUUUCGCUGGUGACCCUAAGCGUAUGUUGCAGUGGUUUUCAUUUUCUGGAUUGGAACAGGGAAAAGGGUUAAGAGCUUUAUCUCAGUUUGCAUUUAAAAAUAGGGAUAUUUGUUGGGAAGAGUUGGAGUGGAAAGGAAAACAUGGACAAUCACCUGCAAUGGUUGCUACAAAGCCUCAUUACUUUCUCGAUUUGGAUAUUCAGCGAACUGUCGAGAAUUUUCUAGACAAUGUGCCUGAAUUUUGGUCAUCUGUUGAGGUUUCUGAGUCUGUGAAAGACGGGGAUAUUUUUCUUAUUGACAGAGUGUUUUUCGUUCGUUAUUUUAAGGAUUUGAUGUAUAGAGAGGAUUCAAGUGAUGUAUGGGAUGUUAUAGAAGAUUUCUUAGAAGAGCAGCCUUUUUCUUGUUUGUGUGAGCAUCUUCUUAUUAGUUUUGAAGAGCAGGAUUUGUGUUACUUUGUGGAAUUACUUUGUAAAUGUCUUGACCCGAGAAUUGAAUUGCAAGGUUUGGAUGAUUUGUCUCGGUUGUUUGUGGUUGUUCUUUUGAAGUGUGGGGUUUCUGGAUCUAUUGACUGGAUUCUGAUGUUGAAUGCCGUCAUAGCUCAGGGGAGGCAGCUUCUAAGGCUUUUGCGUGACGAAGAGGCCAAGGAGUCGCUGGCGAAAGUCAAUGAAAUUGUGUCGAAGAUAUCUGCAAUCCCAAAUGAUGGUAAUAGCUUGACCCCAUUUUUCAAUAAUAGGUUUAAAAUGGAAAUUCUGGAAGUGGUGAAGUGUCUUGGACUUCAGUCUUGGGUUAUGUUUUAUAGGUUGUCACAAGAGUGCAAGACUCCUGAGUCCUGGGAGUCCGUCUUUUUGCAUAAUCAGAUUGGUUUCCGCAACUCUGAUAAACAUGCAUUGACAGAUGAGGAUGGAGUGUUGUCAGAAGAAGAUUGUUCUGGUUUUGAUUGUGGUCUUUCUGUUAGAGUCAAGAAAAAGAAUAAACAUAAAGCUAGAAAGAAGAGGAGGAGGGCAUAUGAUUACGAUGGUUGUAAUGACGAUGAGCUGCUAGAUUUUGAUUUUGCUAGCCAGAAGUUGGAUUAUCUGCCAAAUGCUAAAAGUUGGUUUCUUUCAACUGAUCAGUACUCUUCUGCAUGGAAUAGUGCGGACUUACCUGAGCACCUUCAUAGACUGUGCUUGUCCAGGUGGAUGAUUUGGCUUUUUGAAAAAUGAGUUCGGAUCGGAGGUCUAGUUCACCACAGUGUGACUGUGUCCACCAAAAAUAUGUUAUGAUAUCAUCAUUUCCAAGCUGUUGGACGGCGAAAUCAAUCACCCCUUGGUUCGGUGUUUUCCACUCAAUUUACAUGUAUAAAGUGUGAUGUGGCGCUCUUGAAUCGGCCUGUGGCUAUUGUUGAUGUGGAAAAAUUUGUACUUCAUUUUGGACAUUCUUGAAAAGCCUGCUCAAGUACACAAGUUGAUAAACCUUGGGUGGCUUGGGUUCAUUGUGAAGAACUGAAUUUACAUGUAUAAAGUGCGGUGUGGCUCUUGAAUCUGCCUGUGGCUAUUGUUGAUGUGGAAAAUUUUGUACUUCAUUUUGAACAUUCUUGAAAAGCCUGCGUAAGUAUACAAAAGUUGAUAAUCCCUGGGUUCAUUGUGAAGAUCCGAAAGUGAUAAAAGCAUUGCUAAUUUGCUUCAUAGACUGCUACCAACUGAUGGUCAGAAUCAUGGGUGUCAUCCAUAUGCUCCAACUCUAUUGUAAAAUCACAUGGUGAAAGGAUUACUCAGAAUGCUUUGAUGAGUGUUCCCAGGCAAGUUACGAUACCAAGCUCCAUGAGUAGUUUUCUCAGAGCUCACUCAUCAAGUUGUAAAUGUUACGUGCCACAAUCUAUAGCAGAUUGGCAGUUAUUAUUUUCUGAUAAAAAGACGAGGAUGCAUGCUUAUUGUGUCUUUCUUUCAUUUUUUAUGUAUUUUUCAUCCAUGAAGCAAAUGGUUGAAGUAGAAAAUUGAGUACUUGGAUUGAUUUAUAUUUUGUUCAAUCAAUCAAUAUAAGGAAAGAAACUCGGCUAAUAUCUCUUAUAUUUCCUUGAUUUAUAUUUUGUUAAACUUGUAAUGUACCAUACAAGUUUGUCAAAAAUGUAUCACACAAUUUUUUGAUGA